AUGCAGGAAACAUCGCCGAAUUACGGCGUCAGCUUGAAGAACAACAAAGGCUCUGAGAAGUGGCAGAGCGCCGCCAAGAAGAGGCAGAACGGCGACUCCAACCCCACACAUUGUUUGGCCUUCUCGGUCGCUGCUGCCACAUCUCUCUGUCUCAAGCGAUCCGAGUUGAGACGGAUGCGACCCUCACGACUCAGGGCGAGGUGA